CCCGGCCCGCCGCCGCCGCCGCAGCCCGGCCGCGCCCCGCGCCCCGCCGCCGCCGCCAUGGGCUGCCUCGGCAACAGUAAGACCGAGGACCAGCGCAACGAGGAGAAGGCGCAGCGCGAGGCCAACAAAAAGAUCGAGAAGCAGCUGCAGAAGGACAAGCAGGUCUACCGGGCCACGCACCGUCUGCUGCUGCUGGGUGCUGGAGAAUCUGGUAAAAGCACCAUUGUGAAGCAAAUGAGGAUCCUGCAUGUUAAUGGGUUUAAUGGAGAGGGCGGCGAAGAGGACCCGCAGGCUGCAAGGAGCAACAGCGAUGGUAGUGAGAAGGCCACCAAAGUGCAGGACAUCAAAAACAACCUGAAGGAGGCCAUCGAAACCAUUGUGGCCGCCAUGAGCAACCUGGUGCCCCCCGUGGAGCUGGCCAACCCUGAGAACCAGUUCAGAGUGGACUACAUUCUGAGCGUGAUGAACGUGCCCGACUUCGACUUCCCUCCUGAAUUCUACGAGCACGCCAAGGCUCUGUGGGAGGACGAAGGUGUGCGCGCCUGCUAUGAGCGCUCCAAUGAAUACCAGCUGAUCGACUGCGCUCAGUACUUCCUGGACAAGAUUGAUGUCAUCAAGCAGGCUGACUAUGUGCCCAGCGACCAGGAUCUGCUCCGCUGCCGUGUCCUGACUUCUGGGAUCUUUGAAACCAAGUUCCAGGUGGACAAAGUCAACUUCCACAUGUUUGACGUGGGUGGCCAGCGCGAUGAACGCCGCAAAUGGAUCCAGUGCUUCAACGACGUGACUGCCAUCAUCUUCGUGGUGGCCAGCAGCAGCUACAACAUGGUCAUUCGGGAGGACAACCAGACCAACCGCCUGCAGGAGGCUCUGAACCUCUUCAAGAGCAUCUGGAACAACAGAUGGCUGCGCACCAUCUCUGUGAUUCUGUUCCUCAACAAGCAAGACCUGCUCGCUGAGAAAGUCCUUGCUGGAAAAUCGAAAAUUGAGGACUACUUUCCAGAAUUUGCUCGCUACACUACUCCUGAGGAUGCCACUCCCGAGCCCGGAGAGGACCCACGCGUGACCCGGGCCAAGUACUUCAUCCGCGAUGAGUUUCUGAGAAUCAGCACUGCUAGUGGGGAUGGACGUCACUACUGCUACCCUCACUUCACCUGCGCUGUGGACACCGAGAACAUCCGCCGUGUGUUCAACGACUGCCGUGACAUCAUCCAACGCAUGCACCUCCGUCAGUACGAGCUGCUCUAAGAAGGGAGCGCCCAAAUUUAAUUAAGCCUUAAGCACAAUUAAUUAAAAGUGAAACGUGAUUGUACACGCGGUUAAUCACCCACCAUAGGGCAUGGUUAACAAAGCAACCUUUCCUUUCCCCCCCAAAGUGAUUUUGCGAAACCCCUUUUGCCUACAGCUUGCUUAAAUAUUCCAAAUUUAGAAAGCUUAAGGCGGCCUACAGAAAAAGAAGAGAAAAAUAAAAAGGCCACAAGAGUUCCCUCUAUCUUUCAGUAAAAAAAUAACAGCAGCAAAAAGAAAUAAAGAAAUACAAGAAAUAAAUGAAAAAA